AUGACUCUUCCAGGCCCAGGCAAAUCCAGGGGGCCAUUUCAGCAUGCCUUUUUCCUCCAACUCAUUCGCCAAGUCCUCUCAUCAGAGGCUCCUUUCAGCCUGAAGCAGGACCCGGACAUGCACCCCAAGGCAGCUUUUAGGUUUUCCAUGCAUUUUUGGUGGCAUUACCAAAGAGCUAGUUGGAUCAAUGGCUGGUAUGAUAUUCUUCCUGAGGCUCCUGCAUACAUUGCAAAGAGUGACUUAUUUAAGUAUGAAACACCACAUAUGAGUGGGAUCAUUCCUGAGAAUGGCAAGAUGUAUUACAUGUUUUCAAGUGAUGCCUCCACAUAUACAUCCAUAUACCUGCACUCAAUGGAAGAGCUUGAGGAAUAUCAGAGCUCUUGCCUUUUGUUUGGUGCUAAAUGGGGACGAGGCUGA